AACUGCCACCGAUGAUGGAGAUCAUAACUGCUGAACAGUUGAUGGAAUACCUAGGAGAUUACAUCCUCGAUGCAAAACCGAAAGAGAUCUCCGAAAUACAGCGCCUGAACUAUGAGCAGAAUAUGAGUGAUGCAAUGGCCAUCCUGCACAAGCUUCAGACAGGCCUGGAUGUCAACGUGAAGUUCACUGGGGUGCGGGUCUUUGAAUACACACCGGAAUGUAUCGUGUUUGACCUUCUUGAUAUUCCGCUGUACCAUGGGUGGCUGGUGGACCCUCAGAUUGCUGACAUUGUGAAAGCCGUCGGCAACUGCAGCUACAAUCAGCUGGUGGAGAAAAUCAUCUGUUGUAAGCAGUCGGACAACAGAGAGCUGGUUGAUGAAGGCAUUGUGGCAGAGCAGUUUCUAAACAACACAGCCACUCAGUUGACCUACCACGGAUUAUGUGAGUUAACUUCCACAGUUCAAGAAGGAGAGCUAUGUGUGUUCUUUAGAAACAACCACUUUAGCACCAUGACCAAACAUAAGGGUCAGCUUUACCUUUUGGUGACAGAUCAGGGUUUCCUCACAGAAGAGAAAGUUGUUUGGGAAAGUUUACACAACGUGGACGGGGAUGGGAAUUUCUGUGACUCGGAAUUCCACCUGCGACCUCCAUCGGAUCCGGAGACUGUAUACCGGGGGCAGCAGGAUCAGAUUGACCAGGACUACCUGAUGGCCUUGUCCCUGCAACAAGAGCAGCAAAGCCAGGACAUUCCCUGGGAGCAGAUCCCGGAAGGGAUCAGCGACCUCGAGCUGGCCAAGAAGCUCCAGGAAGAGGAGGACAGGCAGGCCUCCCAGUUCUACCAGGAACAAGAGCAAGCGGCGGUCGCGGCGGCGGCUCAACUCCAGGUGCCGGGAGCUGCCUCGCCAACGACAGGAAGACAAUCUGUGGGCAGCGAGCGGAAGCGCAAAGAGCCCCGGGAGAAGGAGAAAGAGAAGGAGAAGGAGAAGGAGAAGAACAGCUGUGUGAUUCUAUAACGGCAGGUGGACUCUGCCCGGACCCAGUCGCAGAUCCCUGGAUCCGACAGACGGGGACGGACACCACGCCCCACAGGCCGCCCGUGCCCGGCAGCCCCUCGGAGCACUCCAUGGGAGUUGGGUGCAGCCACCUGUGCUUCUGAAGCAGGGGAAGGGAACUAACCACGCCUUGGUGGAUUGGGCCCCCCCACUUGCCGCCGGUUUUGCACCACAGGCCCACGGGCGGUUCGCUAGCGAGCUCCUUCUUGCCUCAGUGACGAAAGGAGGCAGGAACUGUUUUUUGCGGCGGGCUUCUGCCGGAGGCCUGCGCCUCAGCACAAAAGAGCCACCCUGGGCAGUCUGUCGUCCGCUCACGGGCUCUCCCCCAGCAGGCUCCGGCCCAGGCGUGUCCUGUGUGGGCGCACAAUGCGGGGUGUCGGUGGCCGAGAAUCAAGUGUCACAAAGGGAAGGAAGCCAGAAAAGCUGAGACUCUCGGACCUUCGGGCAGUUGGGGCUCCAACCCACCCGCUUACACGUGCGCGAGGCCAGAGCCGACCUGUUAUUGAUUGACCUCUCUACGCAGGAGAAGCCGGUAGGCCACACAAUCACUCGUUUCUUGCCUUUUCUCCAGAAGUACCUUGGACAAGUCACCGGGGGUGGUGGUGGUGGUGGUGGGAAGGGGUUGCUCGUAUGCCUUAUCAAGUGUACUGUAGGCCGAUCGUCUCUCCCGC